AGUGUUAAGUAGUAGAAUUAACUGCAAAGUUUGAUGAUUGAGUAAUGUUCUAUUGACUGCCUUGUGUUGUGUUUCCCCUAGGUUGCAUUUGGGGUAGUUGGAGUUCAUGUAGUGUUGAAUGUGGAAAUGGCACCAGAACUCGGCAGAUUAGUCAAGCAACUACAAUGAGUGGUCAGAACUGUACAGGACCAUCGACUGAGAUCUGCAUAGUCACGUCUUGUAUGUCAACAAAUCUAGCUGGCUCUCAUGGAGCAACAGUGACCAUGAGUUCAGUGCACAGUUCUUUGUAUGUUGCUACAAAGGCUAUUGAUGGCAGUCCACAAAUUGUUACUGGACAGACACUUGAUGGUAGUGAUUGUGCUGCUACACGAUAUUCCUUGAAUCCUUGGCUUCGAGUUGACUUGCAAAAAGAAUAUCUUGUGUCACGUGUUAGAGCUAUCCUUAUAGACAAUAGAGGUGAAAAUGUGUAUGUUCGUGUUGGUAACAUCUUAACAAACAAUGGGAAUGACAACCACAAUUGUGGAAAGGCUCCAUAUGACAGCUCCAAUUCCUUUUUUGCAAUAUGGCGAGAUGUUAGCUGCAGCCCACCAGUUUGGGGAAGAUACAUUAAUUUACAGAGAAUAGUGACAAAUGACAUUCUUCAUGUAUGUGAGGUGGCUUUCAACUAUGAGUUGGAGAUUGCUAUUCUAAACAAUAAUACAAAUAUUGAAGGGACAAGUGUGGCAGUUGAUAAGAAUCAAGAUUACUCUAAUCCUAUUGAUUGUGGUGUCAGUCCUGAUGAGACCAACUUUAAUGCUCUCUUGCAGUGGAAACACAACACAUUGAACACAACCAAUGAUGUCCCAUCUCUACGUGUACAAAAUGCUGGUGUGUAUCAGGUGUAUGAGAAUGGUUUGCAGCGGCUCUACAUCAAGUCAGCUAGUGUCUUUGACAGUGGGGUGUAUACAUGUCAAUAUACUGCAACUCAUGGCUCUAUAGUUUCAAAGUCAUUUACACUGAAUGUUACUGUAGUGGAUUGCGUUUGGGGUAGUUGGAGUUCAUGUAGUGUUGAAUGUGGAAAUGGCACCAGAACUCGGCAGAUUAGUCAAGCAGCUACAAAGAGUGGUCAGAAGUGUACAGGACCAUCGAUUGAGAUCUGCAUAGUCACAUCUUGUUUGGUAACUAAUCUGUCUGCCUCUCUUGGAGCAACAGUCCACAUGAAUUCAGUUUAUAGUGUUGCUACAAAGGCUAUAGAUGGCAAUCCAAAAGAUGUUACUGGACAGAGACUUGUCAGUACUGAUUGUGCUGCUACAACAUAUUCCUUGAAUCCUUGGCUUCAAGUUGACAUGCAGAAGGAAUAUCUUGUGUCACGCGUUAGAGCUGUCCUUUAUGAUUAUGAAGGUGGAAAUGUGUAUAUUCGUGUUGGUAACAGCUUAACAAACAAUGGGAAUGACAACCACAAUUGUGGAAAUGCUCCAUAUGACAGCUCUAAUGACCUGAAUGCAAUAUGGCGAGAUGUUAGCUGCAGUCCACCAGUUUGGGGAAGAUACAUUAAUUUACAGAGAAUAGUGUAUGGCCAUCUUCGUGUAUGUGAGGUGGCUUUCAACUAUGAGUUGGAGAUUGCUAUUCUAGACAAUAAUACUACUAUUGAAGGGACAAGCGUGGCAGUUGAUAAGAAUAAAGAUUACCCUAAUCCUAUUGAUUGUGGUGUCAGUCCUGAUGUGACCAACUUUAAUGCUCUCUUACAAUGGAAACACAACAUAACCAAUGAUGUACCAUCUUCAAGUGUCCAGAAUGCUGGUGCAUAUCAGGUGUAUGAGAAUGGUGUGCAGCGGCUCUACAUCAAGUCAGCUAGUGCCUUUGACAGUGGAGUGUAUACAUGCCAAUCUACUGCAACUAAUGGCUUUAUAGUGUCAAAGCCAUUUACACUGAAUGUUGGUGUGGAUUGCAUUUGGGGUAGUUGGAGUUCAUGUAGUGUUGAAUGUGGAAAUGGCACCAGAACUCGGCAGAUUAGUCGAGCAGCUACAAUGAGUGGUCAGAACUGUACAGGACCAUCGAUUGAGAUCUGCAUAGUCACAUCUUGUAUGUCAACAAAUCUAGCUGGCUCUCAUGGAGCAACAGUGACCAUGAGUUCAGUGCACAGUUCUUUGUAUGUUGCUACAAAGGCUAUUGAUGGCAGUCCACAAAUUGUUACUGGACAGACACUUGAUGGUAGUGAUUGUGCUGCUACACAAUAUUCCUUGAAUCCUUGGCUUCGAGUUGACUUGCAAAAAGAAUAUCUUGUGUCACGUGUUAGAGCUAUCCUUAUAGACAAUAGAGGUGAAAAUGUGUAUGUUCGUGUUGGUAACAUCUUAACAAACAAUGGGAAUGACAACCACAAUUGUGGAAAGGCUCCAUAUGACAGCUCCAAUUCCUUUUUUGCAAUAUGGCGAGAUGUUAGCUGCAGCCCACCAGUUUGGGGAAGAUCCAUUAAUUUACAGAGAAUAGUGACAAAUGACAUUCUUCAUGUAUGUGAGGUGGCUUUCAACUAUGAGUUGGAAAUUGCUAUUCUAGACAAUAAUAAGAAUAUUGAAGGAGCAAGUGUGGCAGUUGAUGAGAAUCAAGAUUACUCUAACUCUAUUGAUUGUGGUGUCAGUCCUGAUGUGACCAACUUUAAUGCUCUUUUGCAAUGGAAACACAACACAACCAUUGAUGUACCAUCUUCAAGUGUACAGAAUGCUGGUAUAUAUCAGUUGUAUGAGAACGGUGUGCAGAAGCUUUACAUCAAGUCAGCUACUGUCUCUUCCAAUGGUUUGUAUACAUGUCAAUAUACUGCAAUUAAUGGCUCUAUAGUGUCAAAGUCAUUUACGGUGAAUGUCAAUGUAAACUGUGAAUGGAGCUCAUGGUCAGGUUGUACACCAUCGUGUAGUUUUGGAACUCAUACUCGUACACGAGCACGUCUUAAGCAACACAAUGGAAUGGACUGUGUGGGGUUGCCAAUUGAGAACUGUGACAGCAAACAACCACCAUGUGCACCAACAGCUGGGCAGUCAAUAAUUUCUUUUGAUGAGACUUCAGUGCAAGAGUUGAGUUGCUCAGCUUCACAGUAUUCUGGUCUAAGUGGAAACAUUACAUUUGGAUGGUACAGAGAAGAGAAUGGAGUUGAUUCAGCUAUUGUAUUAGACUCUCGAGUAACAAAUUUAUCAAUUAAUGAUGGCGCUGGCAGAUUUACUGGGAAAUUGAAAUUUGCAUCUGUGGACCGUUCAGAUAGAGGAUUAAUCAAGUGCAGAGCUUUGAACAAGUAUGGUGCUAGUGAUCCAUCUUCAGCUAUCUCAGUUAAUGUCAAAUAUGCUCCUGAAUCUGCUGAAAUUAGAUCUUCUAAUCCAGUGGGUGUGAAAGGGCAAAGUAUCACAUUAAACUGUUCUGCUGUUGGUAAUCCCUCUCCACGUUAUGAAUGGAGAGGAAGCAAGAAUGGAACAGAAUCUACUCUGGAAUUAACAUCACUUGAAUUUAAGGAUGAAGGGACAUACACAUGUGUUGCUAGUAACACCAUUGAGGCUGUUUCUAGGUCCAGUAAUGCAUCAGUACAGUUGACGAUUGAAGGUCCUCCACAGAGAUGUGUUGUGGUGUCUGUUGAAAGCUAUAUUGACUCUGAAGUGAAUGUCACAGUCAACUGUCCUGAAAAUGGAAAUUCAAGUGUAACUGAAUAUCGCGUAGAACAUCAGUUGGAUAGUGUCACCAGCAACAUGCAGUGGUUACAAGAAGAAUUCAGUACUUUUGAUCCUCAACCAUUUGUUGUUGGUGGUCUCAGUCCAUUUACAAAGUACAGAUUUAGAGCAACAGCAGGAAACAGGCAUGGCUAUGAACCUGGAAGUUUGGCAGCUGUUAAUGUGUUAACUGUGACUACUGCUGAAGGCUAUCCUGGUUUCCCCAAUUCAGUGAGUUUAUCAGGAAAUGCUUCUGCUCACUGGUUUGUUGUGUCUUGGUUACCUCCUAGUAUACGUAAUGGUGUUCCUCGCUAUUACUUUGUUUACUACAAACCAAUUGGUGUUCGCCAAGUAAGAAAUGUGGAUGAUCACAAGAGACUGAAUGUAACAGGCACGUGGGCCAAUUUGACAAUGCUCACUCCAUUUACGCAAUACAAUGUUGAGGUGGCCGCAGUAAAUGUUCGGUCUCAUGAUGGCAAGGUGUUGGAAGGACAAAGAAGCACUACCAUUGUUGCCAACACAACAGAAGAUGCUCCUACAACUGCACCACGUAACCUGACAUAUCUUUCUGAUCCACAACAUACAGUCACUGUAAUGUGGAGUGAACCUGAAAUACCAAAUGGAGUUAUUAAAUAUUACAUUGUUGAAUACAUGCUGUCAGAUGGGACUGGAAACAGGACACGUUUCAAUUUAGUGAAAAUGUUGAGUCAAGAGAUUGGUGGUCUAAUGCCGUCAACAAAUUAUAAUGUCACAGUUCAAGCUUUCACAGUUGGUAUUGGACCAACAGCAUCCAUUAUUGUUAUGGCAGUUGCUAUAACACCAACUCCACCUCAGAAUUUGAGAAAUUCAAGUGUGACAUCAAGUUCAAUUACUCUACAAUGGGAUAGACCUAUAAGCUUUAAUGGUGCUUUUGAGUACUACACUGUUUACAACAGUAUUGGUGAUGCUCCGUACAGCAAGAGUCCCAUCAUUAGGAGUCAUGAAAACCUAUAUACCUUGGCGGACCUCAAACCUUAUACUGUUUACAAAAUAUAUGUGACGGUAACGAAUAAUGCAAAGUCUGAUCCAGAAAGUUUUCCUAGUGACAUGAUUACAGUGCGCACACUGGCAUUAACACCAACUCCACCUCAGCGUGUGAGAAAUUCAAGUGUGACGUCAAAUUCGGUAACUAUUCAGUGGGAUUUUCCCAUGAACUCAAACGGCAUCCUUCGCUUUUACACUGUUUACUAUAGCACUGAUGCUUCACAAUAUGACACUUUUUCUGACAUUUCCUUCAGUCAAAGUGCAUUCACGUUGAUGAAUCUUAGUCCAUACACAAAAUACUUCAUAUACAUGUCAGUGACAAAUAUUGCCAGUUUCAACCCAGAAAGUUUACGUAGCAACGUUAUUCAAGUGCAAACUCUUUCGUCUCCUCCUCGUAAACCAGAUAAACCAAUAACUGGUGAAACAAGACCAUCAGCAACAACUAUAACAUUGGUGCCUUCAAGUGUUGACAAUUCAAAUGGUCCAAUAAAGUAUGUUGAUUUUAUUGUGCACGAGGAUGUGACUACAUCUGAUGGUGAUGAGCCAGCAAAUAUACCGCCUGUUAUUAGACCAUAUGACAAGAGUAGGAUCUGGUAUGUGGCAGCUCGAUAUGAAUAUGAUUACUACAAGAAGAACAUAGGCGGACAUCAGUUUAUCAUUGGAAAUGGUUCAGUGGUAUCUGCUGGAGGUAUAAAGUACACAAAUGGACCACUACGGCCAGGACAGUCAUAUCUGGUUUAUAUUCGCGUCGUUGGGAUUGGAGAUGAUGGGGUGCAGGAGUUCUCAUUGGUCAGUACAGCUAUAAGGUACAGAACUGCAUCUGCAGAGAAUGAGUCAGACCAUAAGUCAUCUGGAGGAUCAUCGAAUUCUGUGUUGAUCAUAGCAAUUGCUGUCAUCAUUGUCAUGCUAAUCAUCAUAUGCAUACUUUUUGUUUUUCUGAGGAAGAAUUACCGGUGUACUAGAAAAGAGAUAACAUUGGAGCCUAAGAUAUAUGAUACCGUCAUUACCAAUUCUAAAGCAACAUCUGGAACAAGUAAAUGCACGGAAAAAAGCAAUGAAACAAAAAUGACAAUUAAUAGCUUAUACAAUACUACAGGUACAGGCAGCAGUGCUGGAUCAAGUGUGUACGAAGAGAUGGGAACCGUUGCAGUUCAGAACAACGAGAAAAACGAUGGACCAUUGUAUGAGAGUAUGGAUGGCGAAUCGGCACUUUAAUCUUGACGUAAUAAUGAAGAAAACUUUUUGGUAAUGAAAUGUGGCUUUUUAAGGUUUAAAAUGUAUUUGUUCCUGCUUGUGUUCUGACUGUAUGUUUGGCAUGGUCAUUAAUUGUUGAGUUGUUUGUAGCUAGUUUGCAUGAAUGUUUAGCCAGAAUGAGAAGAAAAAUUACUUUGUAUUGUUUGGGACUACCGUAUCUGCUUGUGAGAAUUAAGGAGAGCUGAAUAGGGGAACAAUGUAGACAAGGUUUUACAAGAU